ACGUGGCCUCGAGGCAAGGGCUCGGUGAAGCAGGAAAGGCCGGAUAAGUAGAACUCAGAUGUGGAUUUUUUGGGUGGGCAAUGGAUUGCUUCUGCCUGAUGACGUAUUUUGACUGAGUCCGUUGUGUUUUUCCUGCGCCUUGGUUGGUGUGCCAUGGCGCCCGUUUGGCCGGCAGCAAGGGGGCGAACAGGGGGGUUGGGUACGCGUGGAGGAGUUUCACCGGUUGAACACAGAAAUAAGAAUGUGAAACGGAAAACAUGGCGACCUAAUCAUCUGCAAGCCUUCGCAGGGAGCGUUCGCGAAGGACAAGGCUUUGCAUUUCGAAGAAAACUCAAGAUUCAGCAAACUUAUAAGAAGUUACUCCGGAGGGAAAAGAAGUCUCAAACCCCAAGUGAAUCCCCCUUCACAGAUUGGUAUCCCGAUCAUCUGAAACAUCUUUAUUUAGCUGAAGAGGAAAGACUCAGGAAGCAGCUUAGAAAAGCUGACCAGCCUCUGUCAGAAGAACAGGUUGAUCAGCCUUUGCCAGAAGACCAAGGUAGCAAUGACCAGGCUUUGUCUGAAGAACACUGUAGCACUGAGCAGCCUCAGCCAGAAGAACCGUGUAGCAUAAGAAUAAACUCCAUUAAUAUUCCAAAGAAAAAUAAAAAGAAAACGUCAAAUCAAAAAGCACAGGAAGAAUAUGAGCAGAUACAAGCUAAGCGUGCUGCUAAGAAACAAGAAUUUGAGAGGAGAAAACAAGAGAGAGAAGAAGCUCAAAGGCUCUACAAAAAGAAGAAAAUGGAAGUGUUCAAAAUACUGAGCAAAAAGACUAAAAAGGGGCAACCAAACUUGAAUUUACAAAUGGAGUAUCUUCUAAAAAAAAUACAAGAAAAGAAUUAAGUCAGACGUUGUUGCCUGACUAAUCAACCGUUAAAAUAUAUGCUUGCUAUUGAGUUCUUUUGUAUAUGGAUUGUCCCUCCUAACAUAUAACUAAAUUUGUCAACAUAAACUGAAUGGCUAAGCUAUAUUAAAUAUAAGAUAUCCAAAUAUUUUUGUUUUUAUAAAAGAAAAUUUUCUAUAUAUGCUCUGUUAUAUAUGAUUUGAUUUUUAUUUAUUUGCCACUGAAGGAAGGUUGCCCUUAAGAAUUGAAAGAACCUGCUAUUUCUGCGACAAGUUCAAGCAUGUGAUAAUUUUGUACCGUAUGAAAUUCAGAUGAAAUAAAGUGUUUUGAAAGUAA